ACCUCUGACCCUCGCACGAUGGGUAAGCGGAAAGCAGCGUCGAAGCAGCCAACAAAGAAGAAGUCAGAACCGCUGGCUACGACCUUCAAAUGCCUAUUUUGUAAUCAUGAAAAGGUCGUCUCCGUCAAGCUGGACAAACAGACAAUGUUCGGAAAGCUAGAUUGUAAGAAUUGCAGGCAGUAUUUCCAAACACCGAUAAAUAACCUUUCAGCCGCUGUGGAUGUCUAUUAUGACUGGGUUGAUGCGUGUGAAGAAGCUAGGGCAAGACAACCACCGAAACAGAGACCCAUUCGCGGGCCUGGUCCUACCGAGGUCGGUCCAGUCAGUAUGGACUUUGAAUCUCGACGGCGUCUGGCUGCGAACAAAGACGCUGAAGACGAGGAUGAGGACGCUGAAGGAGACGAGGACGAGGAGGAUGAUGUGGAUGAUCGACCUGUCUCAAAAAACAACGCUGCUCCUGCUCGUCGAGCUCCAGCCGAUUACGAUGAUGAUGAUGAGGAUGAUGUGGACGAUGUGGAUGAUGAGCGAGGAGACAAGCGACGGCGAGCGGAUUUAGAUAGCGAAGAUGACAGCGAUUAGCCCCUUGUUGUAUUUGAGUCAUAGUCCUUCAUG